AUAAACAUAUUUACAACUAGAAACAACCGAAUAAAGAUUUGUGAGCAAAGAAGAGAACCAAGAUGGACUCCUUAGACAGCACCUUGGACUCGAUGCAAAACAAUCGUUUUGCGGCGCUCUACAACAGCAUGAUUCGGGAAUUGACAAACACCACCCACCUCUCCCAGACGGAGGUGACCAGUUUGCUGAUGGUGUACUAUAAGUUCGUGAUGAAUAAUGGCCGGGCGGCCAAAAUGAUGACGAAGAAACAGUUCUAUCAGAUCUUUUUGGUGCUCUUCAAUCUGAACGAUAUGCGAGCUGCCGAUCGAACUCUGCUACACAUCACAAAGCAUGUUAAAUAUGUCGAUCCUGCGGGCUGGAUUCAACUUUUUACACUUUUUACCACCGGGGAUUUAACAAUGCGCAUGAAAUUCGCAUUUGCGGUUUACAAUACCAAAGGUACAGGACUUAUAGAUCGUGAGAUGAUUUCUGUAGCCGUUGAGCGUUUCUUUAUUGGAGAGGACGAGGACGAAGUUAUGGAGUUGCGCGCUGAUAUGUGCGAGCUUAUUAUCAAAAAAUUCGAUGUAGACAAGGAUGGUUUCAUUUCGUUUGAUGACUAUGUAACAGUUGUUUCACAACAACCAUGUCUGCUAGAGUUUUUGGGAAGACUGUUUCCAUCAGUUGAUGACCAAAACGUCCUUGCACAUUGUACCAAUAUUGAUUCGCUUAUAAGUUAUUAAACUGAUUAAAAAGAAAGAUGUUUAAAUAUCUUAAAAA